AUGCGUGCCGCGCGCCGCGAGCUGGACGCCGUCGCCGCGCUGCGCCGCCUGCCGGAGUUUGGCGUGACCCUCCUGCCGUCACAGCUGAGCGGCAUGGACAGGCGGGAACUGCUGCGAGCCCUCACGACAGGCCGCCUGGGCGCCGCGGGGGCGGGCACGGGCGCGGGCGGCGACGCUGCGGGUGUCGCUAAAGAAGGGGCGCGUCCCAAGGUGCUACCUGGCGAGGCUGCCACGCGCGACGGCGGGCCUGGGGGCGUGGGCGUGGCGCCGUGGCGGCGGCUGAGCGACGUGCUGGAGGUGGCGAGACUGCUGGGGCUGGAGAGCAGGGAGACGGAAAUGGAGGUGCGCCUGCUGGCCGGCGAGAUGGCUCUGGCUGCGGGAGAGGUGGCUGUGGCGGAGCACCUGGCGCUCCACCUGGCGGCUGCAGGGCACGCGCCCGCCUGGCGGCUGGCUGCGGCGCUGGCGGCGCCCCACCCCGGGGAGCAGGGGGCGCAGCACGAGCAGCAGAUUACAAUCACAAAGCAGCGGCAGCAGCAGCAGCAGCAGCAGCAGCAGGGUCAGCAGGAGCAGGAGCAGGAGCAGGAGCAGGAGCAGGAGCAGCAGGUUCAGCAGCAGAAGCAGCAGCAGCAGGAACAGCAGCAGGAGCAGCCGCAACAGCAGCAGCAGGAGCAGCAUGUAGAGCAGGAGCAGCAUGUAGAGCAGGAGCAGCAAGGGGUGCAGCCGGAGCACCCUGGACAGGUCGAGACUUCAGGGCCAGCACGUCAGCAGGAGAGCAAGGCGGGUGUCGUCGUGCGUCAUGGCCGUGGUGAUGGCGACUCAGGUCAUGGCAGCCCUCGGCCAUCUGUUGAGGGCGGGCCUGCCGCAGCCGCCCAGGCGUCCAGUGGCAGCGAGGAGGGCGCGGACGACCAGGCCAGCCAGACUGGGGAGGGGCAGCAGGUCGGUGCGGGCCAGCACCAAGAGGUUUGGGAGGGUGCAACCAAAGAGUCCAUCAUGACGGUGGCCGCCUCCAGCGUCGGGCAGCCAGGUCCGCUUGCAGCAGAAGCUGGGAGUGAGGAAACGGUAGCAGUGAGUUAUGCGGCCGAGCCCGAGCCCCCGGCGACGCCGCUCACUCAGCAGCCAUCUGAGCAGCCGCGCUCGCCGGUGGCUUCAGGGCGGGAGGGCUGCUCUGGGGACGCUGCAGGAGCCCAGCAGCAGCAUGAGGAGGCCCAGCAGCAGCCGGCAGAAGGACCGCAGCCGGCGGACCAGCAGCAGCAGGGCCAGCAGCAGGACACCGCUGAGGAGCCCAUGGCACCUGCGCCCAGUCAGCGUCGCAAGCGCCCGCGACGGCUGCCGCUCCCGAGCCACGCGCCGCAGCCCCCUGCCCGGCGCCCGCACGCCACGGCGGCCGCCAUUGCUGACAGCUCCCGCCUGCCGCUUCUGGCGUUUGCGGCCCGCCACUGCCCGCUGGAACAGCUGGGGGUGCUGAGUGAUGAACUCCUGGAGUGCCAGGUCAGACUGGAUGCGGCCGGCACCUCAGGACAGGGCAGGAGCCGCGCGGGGGAGGAGGCGUCCGGCGCGGCCCGCGGUUUGCCUGCGGUCACUGUGGCCGGGGCGCCGAUGCACCGCAGCGAACAGUUGUUUCAAGCGGCCGCGGCUGCUGCGGCCGGCGGGCGCGGCGCGUGCGAGUGCGUGCCAACGCUGGGCGAGCCGGAGCUGCUGCUCGCCGCGCUGGUGGCGGGCGGCAGCGCGGCAGAGGCGGAGUCGCGGCUUUGGGAGGCUGUGAGGAGCGCAGCGGCUGGGGUGGAUGCGCAGUUUGGCGCCGAAGUUAUAAACAAGCAGAGCAGCAUCAGGCGCUCAGUGACGCGGCAAAGCAGCAGCAGCAGCAGCAGCAGCAGCAGCAGCAGCAGCAGCAGCAGCAACGCAGGCGCCCUGAGCUUCAGCCACCUGCAGCGGCUGCUAACAGUCGGCGCGGCAUCCCAGCUGCUGCUUGCUCUUGCGCCACAUGCGGACGAGGUCGCGCAGGCCCGCUCCACUCUUAACGGAGGGGAGCGCCCCGCGGUUGCGCGGAGGCGGCUGGUGGCAAUGCGGGUGUCGGAGAUCACUUCUGCAGCACAGCGACUGAGGGCGGCGGGGUCGCUCAGCGGGGCCGAGGCAGCGGCCACCGACGGCGCGGAACGGUGCUGGCAGCGGCUGCGGCAUGCGGACGAGAACCGGCGGCUAACAAAGCCUCGGCGGCGUUUGAAGGUGGAGUCUGGGCCAGACCCUGACAAGUCGUUUGAAGGCGGGGCAACCCAGCAGCCGCCAGACAGCUCGUUGGAGCAAGCCGCGUUUGCAGAGGACACCCCAGCUGUGGUAGAGCACAAUGCUGCGGGCAGUCAGCAGCAGCAGCAGCAGCAGCAGCAGCAGCAGAAGGAAGCGCUGCAAGAGGAGCCGGAGGAGCAGCAGCAGCAGCAGCAGCAGCAGCAGCAGCAGCAGCAGCAGCAGAAGGAAGCACGGGAAGCAGAGCCGGAGGAGCAGCAGCAGCAGCAGCAGCAGCAGAAGGAAGCGCUGCAAGAGGAGCUGGAGGAGCAACAGCAGCAGCAAGAGCAGCAGCAGGAGCAGCAGCAGAAGGAAGCGCGGGAAGCGGAGCCGGAGGAGCUGGAGCAGCAGCAGCAUGAACAGCAACAUCAGCAGGAGUGUAAGCAGCAGCAGCUAGAAGGGAGGCACUCGAAACAGCAGCAGCUGCAGGAGCACGAGGUGGAACAAACACAGGGGCCUGAACUGCAGCACGGGCAAGGGCAGCUGGAGCAACCGGAACGACGGCCUCAUGAGCAGCAGCAGGAGCAGCAGCAGGAGCAGCAGCAGGAGCAGCAGCAGGAGCAGCAGGAGCAGCAGGAGCGUCAAGAGCCGCUUCAUCACAUACAGGAUGGGGAGCCAGAGCCUCAGCUGCCGCUGGAUGAUUACACGCAGGAGGAGGAGCAGGCGGCAGAACAGGCCACCCAUGAGAUCAGCAAAUGGGGAGUCACAAUGGCGGAGGAGCGGCAGGCAGUGGGCAGCUCUGAAGCUGGCAGCUUCCAGUCUGGAUCUGCGUACGGCGCUGCUCAGACAGCUGCAGCAGGCAGCGGUCCUUGCGCGCACGGCGGCGGCGAGGCCGACGACGGCGACAGCCACGAGGACGCAGGCGUACCCUUGAUGGCGGGAGGAGGCGCUGUCUUCACCAGCACCGUGGCUGCCAUCAAUUGCUUGUUUCCCGACACGCAGGUGUGCUGUGAGUUGUGGUGA